AUGACUUUAACCAAAGUUCUGAAAACCUCUCAGCGCAAUAUACAGGAGCCAAUCAAAGUGACGGUCAUCGCAGUCAGUUCAAAGAAAACGUUCACUGACAAAGAUGGAAAGACAGUCUGUAUGUGGAGUGCUGCAGUUGGAGACCAAACUAUGGCUACGAAGAUCAACAUUUACUCAGCCGAACAUGCAGUAAAAUUCCAGACUGAUCAAACACUCCUCAUUAAGAACUAUGCAUCCAAAGGAACUCAUCUCACUUCAAACAACGCAACCAAGUUCUUCAAAACCAAACAUGUCAACCUGCCUCAGCAGAUAAAACAAGAUGGCCUUGAACUUAUCAAUCCUCCAGAACAGCCACUCAUAAACAUCGCAACGGCCAGGGCCUCGCCAUCCAAAAGCAAAGUCUCAAUUAGCGGCAAAGUCAUCCAGGCAAACGCUAUUCGAGAGAUAGUGACACCAAAGUCGCCAGAUAAGAUACCAAUUAAAGACAUCGAACUCAAGGAUGCUACAGGACAGGUUCGUUGUUCCCUCUGGCGAGAGGCCGCUGCUGCCAACAUCGCACCUGGCGAUUAUGUUGAAAUAACCAACAUGUAUGUGUCAACAUUCCAAAAUUCACCGUCCCUCAACACCACCGACUCAAGUUCAAUCAGGCAAUCAGAACCACCGCAGCGGGUCAUCAAAGCCAAUAUCAUAGCGAUUUGUGACAACGAAUUCAAUGACAUCAUUACACUACUCUCUGAUGAGGAUGAUUCUGACGAGUUUGAUACGGACCUGGCCUCGUUGGUGAACCACGUCAACAUCUCGCAUGGCGUUCAACUGGAGACCUUUGAUGACAUACAAGAGGCUCUCCCACUCUUGUUGAAUAUACGAGUCGACAAUGCCAACAAUGUUAUUGCUUAUGUAUAA